UUCUCUUUAAUCCCUUUUCCCUGCUCAUUCAAUUUCCAAACAUCCGUCUCUCUACGCCGCCGCUGCUGUUCAUCAUCAGCUUCUUCUUUUACUAACUGCAACCCUAUGGUUGUUCCUCUUGCAAAUGAAUGUGUUGCUCGCAAGUAUUACGUCUGGCUUUAUUCCACUUCCCUUCAGUGCAAUAAUUCCAACGACGAAGUUGAAGAUGCUGUCUAUUCUUUGUCACCGUACAUGCAAUCCCAGCCAAUUGCACGUCUCAAUUCUACAACGAUAGCAAAGCAACAAGUUCGUAUCUUCGUAGGAUGUCUGAUAAUCAAUACUAAUGUUCUGCUUCUUGUGUUUCUCAACUCUCGGCCUACGAUGCGAGGCCGCUACGUAUUCUACACAUUAAUGAGUAUAGGCGACAUAGUGGACGGAGCGUAUUUCAUCUAUCCCAGUGCGAUACGAAUCGGUGAAAUGGCCAAAGGCACAUUUUUAGGAGGUGACACAGCGUUGAGUUUGAAAAAAGUCAUGAAUGAUUUCGCAUCAGGACUGUCGCUUUGGGAAUGCGCAAGUAGAUGUUAUAUAGUAUUUCGCAUUUUCGGCUCAGAACUUGUUUCGUUGUCUUUACUCGUCAUGGCAGCUGAAAAAAUAUUUGCCGUGUUAUCCGGAAGGGCGUACCGACUUUAUGCAACACCUGUGUCUCGAUUUGCGACAGCUGCAAUCUGUUUACUUGUCUGCUUGAUUUCUAUACUAACUAUGUUUCUCACUUCAUAUCUUGACAGUCACACUGAACCACAAGACAAUAAAUAUUGUGGGAUUUCUGGAAGUGUCACUGAGGGAUUCGCCAAAUUCCAUAAUUUUUUAAACCUUUCCUGUCAGAUUGGAGGCUUCUUAGGCUCUGGAUUUGCAUACAUUCUAACAGGACGUCUAGCAAAACAAGCGCAAUUGAAGGAAAUGAAGUCAAUCAAACCGAUUCUUGUUGUGAGCUUCGUCUCAUGCUCUGUCACAUGUUCCGAUGAUAUUAUUUACAUCCUCAAGAAUUUCCUCAAGCUUGAUAUUACGGAAUCUCAACAUGACUUUGUGGUUACUUAUUCAUCAGCUUUAUUCCAGGUAUCAAAAUUUGUGCUGUAUAUUCUGACCGGAGAGGAAUUUCGCGAUUACUUACUCAAAAUGAUCAACGACAAGUGCGAACUAGAAAUGACAACUGCAGUGACUGUGAUGGGAACUACAAGAACACGAGCGCCGAAGGUAUCUUCUUCUUUCUCGGCUGAUUACGCCCCUAUGGUUGUUUCUUCCGAAAAUGAGUGUGUCGCACGCAAGUAUAACUUUUGGUUGUACUCCACUUCCCUUCAGUGCAAAAGUUCCAACAAUGAAGUUGAAGAUGCUAUAUACUCUUUAUCACCCUACAUGCAAUCCUUACUUAUCACUCGUCACACUUCUACAACAAUAGAAAAGCAACAAAUUCGCAUUUUCUUAGGAUGUUUGGUGGUCAAUACUAAUAUUAUGCUCCUUGCGUUUCUCAAUUCUCGACCCGCCAUGCGAAGUCGCUACGUAUUCUACACAUUAAUGAGUAUAGGUGACAUUCUGAGCGGAACGUAUCUUAUUUAUCCAAGCAUAAUGCGAAUUAGUGAGAUGGCCAACGGCACAUUUUUGGGAGGUGUGUCACUUUGGGAAUGCGCAACUAGAGGUUAUAUGGUAUUCAGCAUUUUCGGCAGAGAACUUGUUUCGUUAUCUAUGCUUUUCAUGGCGGCGGAAAAAGUAUUUGCCGUCUUGUCAAUUGGAACGUACCGACUGUAUGCAACACCCGUAGCCCGAUUCGUGGCAGUCGCAAUUUGCUUGCUUGUUUGCUUGAUUUCUAUACUGAUUAUGUUCCUCACUUCGUAUCUUGACAGCCGCGUCGAGGUGGAAGAUGACAAAUAUUGUGGAAUUUCUGGGAGUGUCACUGAGGAUUUCGCCUACGUUUACAAAAUUUUCAACGUUUUUUGCCAGCUACACUCUUCACAAAUGUGCCUUCAACAGAAUUGUGUGGAAAAGGGCUUUCCGCAAGAUUAUACGCUUAAAAUUGGAAGCUUCUUAGGCUCCGGAUCUGCAUAUAUUCUUGCUAGACGUUUAGCAAAAGAAGCACGGUCGAAGGAGAUCAAGUCAAUCAAACCGAUUCUUGUUGUCUACAUCCUUACAAACUUCUUCAAGUUCAAUAUAACAACGUCUCAGCAAAACUUUGUGGCCACUUAUUCAUUAGCUCUGUUCCAGGUAUCAAAAUUUGUGCUGUACGUUCUUACCGAACAGGAUUUCCGUGAUCACUUAAGGAAAUUGAUCAGCGAUAAAUGCGAUCUAGAAACGACAACUGCAGAAGGGACUGUGAUCAGAAGAAUGCGAUCAUUUUGUUCGCAGCGAACUUAG